ACACAACACCAGGACACAUCUCAACCUGCUCUAUACAGAGGAGACUUCUACCUUUUUCAAAAAGAAAAAAUGCUGAACAGGAUUUUGUUUGUUUGCCUGUUUCUGGCUCUGUACAGUGCAGGCUCCUCACUGAGCUGCAGGUGGAUGGAUCAUAAAUUCAGACAGUACAGUGAAAACUCUUUGGAUCUACUAGAUACCAUGGUGAAUAAUUCCACUAACAGCACUGAGGAUGCUGAAGUGGAGGACACUGUGGCCUUCCCUAAUGAUCUGUACAGCCAGGCGUCCAAAGCAUCAGCUGAGGAUAAACUUGGUUUCACAGUGCAGGUUCUGGAGGAGAUGGCCGUCCUGUUUGAGGAGGAUCACAGCGCUGCAUCAUGGGAGGAGAGCACAGUGAAGGACUUUGUCAACAUUGUGACCCAGCAGGCUGACGGCCUUCACUCCUGUACUGGGAGCCACAGCCACAAGAAGAAGAACAAGAAGCUGCACAUGUAUUUCAAGAGACUGUCAGGCCACGUCCUAGAACGAAUGGGCCACAGUGCUGAAUCCUGGGAGCUGAUCAGGAAGAAAAUCAAAACCCAUUUAAUGAGAGCUCACCAGCUGGUUUCAUCUCUGCUCACCACCAACUAA